AUGACCAAUUCUUUUAAAAACAAAUUAGGGCAAGGAGGCUUCGGUAGCGUAUAUAAAGGGAAGUUACAUGAUGGACGUGUUGUUGCAGUGAAGAUUUUAGGUGAAUCAAAAGGCAACGGAGAAGAAUUUAUCAAUGAAGUGGCAAGUAUUAGUAGGACCUCACAUGUUAACAUUGUUAGACUUCUGGGAUUUUGUUUUGAUAGUUCUAAACGUGCUCUAGUAUAUGAGUUUAUGCCUAAUGGAUCUCUUGACAAGUUCAUAUACGAAGAGAAAAAUCCAUUGCAGAUUGCUCAUCAAUUGGAUUGCAAAAUGUUGUAUAAUAUUGCAGUUGGCAUUGCUCGUGGAUUAGAGUAUUUACAUAGAGGGUGCAACACUAGAAUCUUGCAUUUUGACAUAAAACCUCACAACAUAUUAUUAGAUGACGAUUUUAGUCCAAAAAUUUCGGAUUUUGGACUUGCAAAAAUAUGUCCAAGAAAAGAAAGUGUGGUAUCCAUCAGUGGUGCUAGAGGAACUGCAGGUUAUAUUGCUCCAGAAGUUUUUUCCAGGAAUUUUGGUGCUGUGUCACUUAAAUCAGAUGUUUACAGUUAUGGAAUGAUGAUCUUAGAAAUGGUUGGAAGAAGAAAGAAUAUUAAGGUUGAAGUCGAUCGUUCGAGUGAAUUAUAUUUUCCUUAUUGGAUUUAUGAUCGACUUGAAUCAAAUCAAGAUCUUGAUUUACAAAUUGUAAAAAAUGAAAGUGAUGACAGAAUGAUGAGGAAAAUGGCCAUAAGUAAUGCGCAUCAAGUAUACGACAAAGGAAGGGCUUUCAUGAAUUUGUUUUUGUACGUGUGGUUGUAUUCUGAGAAAGUGUGGUGGAAAAUGGAGGAGGAUUCUGUUGUCAAGAUUAGCAUAACAACUUGGAAAUUUCUGCAGUUAAAAGGCAUUAAUCUUUCUCGGUAUCUAAGGUGUUUCCCUCUAGCCAAAGCCGAGUCCAAGUCCAAAUCAAUUAAACAAGUGGUGAGAGAGUGGGAAUGUGGUCAACUUUUUCAACUGGUUCCCUUUUUAAAAUUGGUAAGUGUCUGUGGAGACGACGAAUUCAAAGAUAAGUGGCAGAGACAACUAGACAUUUCAUUUUCACUCAAAGAUGUCAGAACCAUCCCACUCGAUUCCAUCUUUCAAGGUCAAACCCGUAGCCGUAGGCGGCCAUAA